CAAGAUUCAAGAACAAUCAAACUCUCAGAUCCAAAAAAUGAUCUCAGUGGUGAUUAUAACUGAGCUACUAGUGGAGUACACCACAGCUCUCGCUAAACUCACCGCCGGUAUUCUCCCACGUCGUACCGGCGAUAGAAACGCCUUACGGAUUGGCGGUUUCCUCCUUCCUGCUCCGUCCUCACCAUCUUCAACCAUUCCUGAUUUUUCUUCUCAUCUCGUCGACUUCUGAUUUUUCUAAAUCGAUGAGAAGUGGCUGAGAUUUUUACAGAGUGUUCCUAGUCUUCUCUCUCUUGGUUUUGAAUCGUAUAGAGCUUUUGUAGAUCCGUAUCUGAACUUAUAUUUAUAGAUAUGACUUUUGUAACUCGUGAUUCUGAUUUUACUAACUAUGUUUA